GUGCCUGUCUGCGGUAGGUAGAGAGGGCGGGCGGGUAGGCACAGUGGGCACGGCCCGUCGGUCUGAAUCGUCUGAAUGGUCUGAAUUAUUCCUAGGUUCGUGUUCCUCCUGGAUUUCUCGUUCCAGCCUCCGAAUCUGAACGUUGAUUGCACCCAAAGGUUGAGAUUAGCAACAUGUCGGAUUGGGACACGGUCACCAUUAUUCGCGGCAAGAAUGCCAUCCGCGGGGCGGGUGCGGCCAAAUCGAAUGCGGCUGUCAAUGCGGCUCGUCGUCGCGGCGAAGCCAUCGCCACCGAGGAGAAAUACGGCGGUGGCGGCAACAAACAGCACGGCACGCAGCUCAACACCAUGAAGUUGGACCAAGAGACGGAAGAGCUCAAGCACAACACGGUGUCCAUGGACGUGGGCAAGUUGAUCCAAAAGGGCCGCCAGGCCAAGAAUCUGACCCAAAAAGAUCUGGCCACCAAGAUCAACGAGAAACCCCAAGUGGUCAUCGAGUUCGAGUCCAGCAAAGCCUUGCCCAACGCGGCCAUCCUGGCCAAGAUGGAGCGCAUUCUGGAUAUCAAGCUCCGAGGCAAAGAUAAAGGCAAGCCUUUGGUGCCCAAGGACAAGGAUAAAGCCAAACCCGCGGUGGCCAAGGGCAAGGGCAAAUAAAGCCUCGGAUGCGGAGGCCGCGGGGGAAGCCUGGGCGCACAUUCUAACCGACCCACUAGCGGAUACGGUUUCGGCGGGGCGUCUAAGUAGGCGUGCUGGCUGCAACCACAUGUCUUAAUCAUAGUGCUCGGUUUCGCAAUCGGUCGGUUCCCAGCUUCCCCCGCCCUCUGAAGGGUAAUCCCGUCAGACACCCAUUACGUCGUCUGGGCUCGGAGAUUCCCACGUUUUUAUCUUUUUUUUAAAAUAAACUAUAUAUAACGAGCCUGGAUUGAUUAAUCAAUCGCUCGAUUCAUGAA